GACUAACCUCAGCUCUUCUUAUUGUUUUCAAAAUCCUUUUCUCAAUGUAGAAGCCGUGAACAACAUUGUGAAGUUCCUUGGCAUGCAACCCUGCGAGAGAUCGGACAAAGUGCCCGAGAACAAGAAUUCCCACACACUCUACCUGGCAGGUUUGUUCAGAGGUGGCUUCGAUGUCCUGGUCAGAGCCCGGCUCGCUCUUGGCGACGGCGUGACAAUGCAGGUUACCGUCCGAAGCAUCGUAGAAACCCCCGUGGACGUCAUCUUGGCUUCCGUCGGCUAACGGUCGUAACCCGAGGCUGCCCCGUCCCCGACUCCUCUUCCGUCGGACAAGGCGCCACCCGGAUCCCGGGGGGUGCGUUCGUUCAGUUCGUUGGGCGAUUCCCUUCGAUGGUUAUUGGUCUUUCAAGGAAUGUUGGCGUUCCUUUUUCGGCGUGUUCCCCCCAAAGGCGAGGCAGAAACUCUGCCGCAUCUUCCUCCCGGCUAUAAAUUAUUGCCUUUGCGAGUAAGAUUAGAUGGAGGGGGGUCUAAUGGAGGGGGGGGGCAUUUUUUUUCUUUCUUUUUUUUUUAAAAAAAGAGCAAUUUCUGGAUUGGAUUUUGAUCGGCCGCCAAUAAAUGGGCUGUUUUCAGCACUUCCAGAUGUUUUCGUUGGGUCUGAAUAAUGAAAUGCACUUGAUAUAUACAGUUUCCCCAAAAAUAGGACCUAAAUUUAGCACAAAAACAGUUUUGUAUAUUUGCCCUGAGAGAGUGGCCCCACUGGAAAAAAAAAACAU